GGCGAGCAGGGCACAGCCCCGCCUUUUUCCCUCUCUCGCGAGGAGGGAGCUGCCGGCCGCGCGCCCGCGGGGACCUUGCGGGUCCUCGCCGGUGGGUCUUGCCCGCAGGUGUCGGGCAGACAUACACCAGAUUCAAGACUUCAGCUAUUUUGAAAUCUUAUUGAGCAGAUGUUGACAUGACUCUAAUUCCCUGGGGUUCUCUAGAUAAUGUCCUAGGCAACAACACAGCAGUGAACAAAAAGACAAAAUUGCCCGUGCAUAUCCGACUACAGUUGAUGAUGUCUUCCAGCUUCAACGUUUUUAGAGUUGGCAUCUCCUUUGUUGUGAUAUGCAUAUUCUAUAAGUCAGCAGUAGACUCUCUACCAGAACUGAGUCCUCAGAAAUAUUUCAGUACGUUGCAAGCAGGGAAAGCCUCCUUAGCUUAUUUCUGUCAAGUCAAUUCUCCAAGUACCUCUAUUUUUCUGGAAGAACUGAAUAAGGCUGUUAAACCUCUCCAGGACUAUGGAAUUUCAGUUGCAAAGGUUAAUUGUGUUGGAGAAGAAACAUCAAGAUACUGUGGAAAAGAAAGUGAUUUGAUGAAAGCCUAUUUAUUCAGGGGCACCAUAUUACUCAGAGAAUUCCCUACUGAUACUUUGUUUGAUGUGAAUGCCAUCGUUGCUCAUGUUCUCUUUGCUCUUCUUUUUAAUGAAAUGAAAUACAUCGCCACCGUGGACGAUCUUCAGAAAAUAGAAAAUGCUCUGAAAGGAAAAGCAAACAUUGCAUUUUCAUAUGUAAAAGCCAUUGGAACACCAGAGCACAGAGCAGUCAUGGAAGCUGCUUUUGUAUAUGGGACCACAUACCAAUUUGUCUUAACUACAGAAAUCACCCUUUUGGAAAGUAUUGGCACUGAGAAUAUAGAAUAUGCACAUCUCUACUUUUUUCAUUGUAAACGAGUCUUGGACUUGACCCAGCAAUGUAGAAGAACAUUAAUGGAACAGUCACUGACUACACUGAACAUUCAUCGAUUUAUUAAGAUAAUGGAAGCACCUUUUCUGACUGAAGUUGCUGAAGAACCUCAACAAGUUUCAACUGUUCAUCUCCAACUAGGAUUGCCACUGGUUUUUAUUGUUAGUCAACAAGCUACAUAUGAAGCUGAUAGAAGAACUGCUGAAUGGGUUGCUUGGCGUCUUCUGGGAAAAGCAGGAGUUUUACUCUUGUUAAGGGACUCUUUGGAAGUGGACAUUCCUCAGCAUGCUAAUGUGGUCUUCAAAAGAGCAGAAGAGGGAAUGCCAGUGGAAUUUUUGGUGUUACAUGAUGUUGAUUUAAUAAUAUCCCGUGUGGAAAACAAUAUACAUACUGAGGAAAUACAAGAAGAUGACGAUGAUGACAUGGAAGAUCCAGAUAUGGACAUUCUAGAUAUUCAGGAUGAUGAGGUGGAAGAAACUGUUUACAGAGAUAGGAAGACACAGUUAUCUUUGGAACUUACAGUGGAACUAACAGAAGAGACAUUUAAUACGACAGUAAUGACUUCUGACAGUAUAGUGCUUUUCUAUGCUGGCUGGCAAGCAGUAUCCAUGGCAUUUCUGCAAUCCUAUAUUGAUGUGGCAAUUAAAUUGAAAGGCCAAUCCACUAUGCUGCUUACUAGAGUAAACUGUGCAGAUUGGUCUGAUGUAUGUACUAAGCAAAAUGUUACUGAAUUUCCUGUUGUAAAGAUAUACAAGGAAGGCAAGAAACCAGUAUCUUACGCUGGUAUGUUAGGAACUGAAGAACUCCUAAAAUUUAUCCACCUUAACAGGAUUUCAUGCCCAGUGACCAUAACAUCUGUCCAAGAAGCAGAAGAAUAUUUAAGUGGGAAAUUAUAUAAAGACCUGAUCUCCUAUUCUAGUGUGUCAGUACUGGGAUUAUUUAGUCCAACCAUGACAACAGCAAAAGAAGAUUUCACUGAAGCAGGAACCUACCUAAAAGGAUGUGUUAUCACUGGACUUUAUUCUAAAGAAGAUGUUCUGAUACUGUCAAAUAAAUACUCUGCGCCUCUACCAGCCCUGCUGCUUGCCAGACACAAAGAAGACAAAAUAGAGAGCAUUCCAUUAGUUAACACCCACGUUCAGGACAUAGUUCAAAUAAUAACAAAUGCAUUCCUGGAAACAUUUCCAGAAAUCACUGUGGAAAAUCUUCCCUCAUAUUUAAGACUUCAGAAACCAUUACUUAUUUUGUUCAGUGAUGGUAACAUAAAUCCUCAAUAUGAAAAAACAAUAUUGAAGCUGGUAAAAGAUGAGCACUUGGAUUCACUUACCCCUUGUUGGUUAAAUCUCAAGAAUACUCCUGUGGGGAGAGGAAUCUUACAAGUGUAUUUUGACACCCUGCCUCCCCUUCCUCUUCUUGUUGUUGUGAAUUUGCAUUCAGGUGGACAAGUAUUUGCAUUUCCUUCAGACCAGGCUAUAACAGAACAAAAUCUUUUAUUGUGGCUUAAAAAAUUAGAAGCAGGACUAGAAAGUCAUAUCAAAAUUUUGCCUGCUCAGGAAUGGAAACCACCUCUCCCUGCAUAUGAUUUUUUAAGUAUGAUGGAGACUGCAUCUCAGCAUCCUAUGAGGAAAGCUCCUGAGUGUGUGAAAGAAACUGAUGCGCAGGAGAAUGGUAAUGGACAGCAUGAAGACAAAUCAACAACCAUAAAAGAGCCCUUGGAAACAUUGAGAAUAAAGCAUUGGAAUAGAAAUAAUUGGUUUAAAGAAGCAGAAAAAACAUUUAGACGUGAUAAUAAAGAAUUAUAGUGCUCAAAAAUGAGCUAAUUUCAUAAGGUUGUCAAAAGCCUUCCAAAAUCGUUUUGGCUUAUUUGGUAGACUUUUUAUCUCAUUUGAAAAAAUAUGAAAUUAUUUCAAGUUUAUAGACCAGUGCUGUCCAAUAGAAAUAUAAUGUGGACCACAUAUGUAAUUUAGAAUUUUAUAGUAGCCACAUUAAAAACUAAAGAGGAGCAAGUAAAAUUACUUGGAAUAAUAUAUUUUAUAUCAAAUCUUCAAAAUCCAGCCCAAAUUGUACUUAAUUGAAGCAUUUCACUUCAGAAGUGGGUGUAUUUUAAGUGCCAAUAGCCACAUGUGGCUAAUAACUACUGUUUUGGAUAGCUCAUCUUGACACAAAAGCUGGUAUAAUUAACUUGGUUCUAGCCAUGGUAUAUUUUGAACUAAAAUACCAAUGUAAUUCAAAUCACAGCUGACUUCUCAAUAGCCUCCUUCAGCUGGUAAUUGAUUUGUUUUGUUGUAGUCAUGAUGUUUCUGGUUUCUUAACCAGGGAGCAGUUAUGCCCUUUAUCCCUACCAGGGGACAUUUGACUUAUGUCAAGACACAUUUUUGAUUGUUGUGACUAGGGGUGCUACUAGGGUGCUGUUAGCAUCUAGCGGGUAGAGGCCAGGGAUGCUGCCAAACACCCUACAGUGCAUUGAGCAGCCCCCACAACAAAGAACUUACCCUGCCUGAAUGUCAGCAGUGCCAAGGUUUUGAAUAACUGCUAAACUAACCUGUGUGACAGAGUGUAUGCCCUGAAUUUUCUGGUUCUACUUAGUUAUCAUAUUUGAAAAACUCAUGGAUAUUAAAGAUAAAUAUUAGGUGGCCUUAUACUGAUUAUUAUCUGGAUACCUUUUCUUAAACAUUUGAUUUUUAUAAUAUUUUUAAAAAGUAAUGAGACAACUCUAAAAAGGACUCAGUGAGAUAUAUAUGCAUAUGUGUCACUAAUAUGUGUUCUAUUAUAUGCAGUGGAACAUAUAAUAGGAUACAGUAUAUAUUCUAUUACACAUAUUGCAAAUGGUUCUCAUAUAUAUAAAAUACUCAUAUAUAUAGUUAAGAGAAUCUUAAAAUGUGUUCUUAUUUCUCUAAGUUAUAUUGCCUACAUUCAGUUUGAACAGGAAUUAAACAUUUUCCUCAUAUAAAGAGAGAUUCCUUCAUCUGAACCAUGCAGGAAAUCCACCCUUGUAAGCUUUGGUCAAAUCAGUACAUCUCUCUGGGCCAUCAGAUGUGUGUAUGUGUAUAUAUACGUGUGUGUGUGUGUGUAUGUAUAGAAAGCAAGAUUAGCCCAAAAUUAAUUUCCCAUUUCAAGCACUUGUCAAACUAGUCUGUUUGUAGCAGUUGUCUCAUUUUUGCUUUGUAUUUUUGAAAUGUCUCACUGAAUACCUAGUACUCCACUGUAUUUCUCCUUGCAUUAUCUACUUGCUUUAUCUUUUCCUUGAAAUUUUCUUCGCAUAUGUUUUGGUUAAUAUAGCUGAAUUUCAUAAAUGGUGUUUUUAAAAAGUCAUAAGCAACUAAAUUUCAAAAAAUAUUUCAUUGUAACAUCAUUUGCUACUCUCAACACUCCCUCCUUCAUUUUCAUCCUAUAGCAUGUAAUGCCUUAUUAUUUCAGUUCAUUCUCAUUUGUUUUUAUUUCUAACAUGGAGAUAUGAAGGUGACAUCUAUAUAGAGUUUGUAGUAACAAAACAUCAUCAGCCUAGCAUAGGAAAUGUUAGCUUACUACAAACUCAUAAAAACAUUAAUGAAAUCAAUUAGUCAUUGUACCAUAACCAGCAAUUUUAACAGUCAUUAAUGCAGUUUCUUUUAAUGAUUUUAAAUAAAGUGUCUGGAUAUCAGGCUACCUUCAAAAACUUCCUCAGCCUCUGUCAUGCCCUUUAUUAGACCACUUACCCUGUAUCAGUAGGGUUUUCUUGGUUGCAGACAACAGAAUUUACACUUCGGUUGUACUUAAGAAAAUCUAGUAUUGGGUAACUCACAGAGUUAGGAGAAAACUUAAACCAUAUUUUGAAAAGAUAAGGACCAAGACUGUCCUGGGAUUUACAUAGGAGAAACUAAUAGCUCAGUGAUGAAUCAGUCCCAAAUGUUUUUUUUUUUCUUUCAUGACUGAGGGAGCCCUGGGAAAGUUAGGGGAAGAGGAGGCAAGCAUUUUAAUUGGCAGCCCUAACAAGACUUCCACCAUCUAAAAGAGAGUAAGUGGGGGGUGCAAUUGUAUGGGGAAUAUAACCAAAAUGAAAAUGCAUACAUUGUGAAAAAAUGAAAAAUGAUGUAAGAAUUAUAUAAAGUAAAAUAUUAAAAAAAAAGAGGUCAAUCUUCCAAAAGAAGUCUAGAUUCUGUUUAGUGGAGGGAAAAUAACAGGGAAAUGGAAAACUCAUGUGUGAAGCCUCAAGAUACUACUUAACUGUUCUUCAAUCUAUUGUGUCCUUUUCAGGUCUUUCUGCUGCAUCCCUGUUCACUUUUUGAGAGCUUCAAAAGCCCGCUACGCACAAGUGGCAUACUUUUCUUGUAUGUCCCUCUGAUCCUCUAAUAGUUGAUGGCCAGUGCAUAUGCACACUUUGCACUCAUAAUACCCCAUUCUUCAUGAAUCAUUUUUACCCUUUUCUGUCUCAACUAUGCUAGAAGGUGAACACCUUUGGUCUGUUGCUUUCAGUGCAUGUGAUGAAAUAUUUCAUGGACUGUUUCUCUAAACUAUUGGAGCUCACCACUCAAGCUUAUCCUUUUAAGAACUGAUUUAGUAUGUAUAAACUGAACAAUCAGUGUUUACAGAUCAUUCAGUGUCUACCUUUGGUAACAGAAAAUAAUCAAACAGGUAUACUUUGGGAAUUGUGCUUCCACUUAAUAUAGAGAAAGCUGCAAUAGAAUGUUAUUCCCAUCCUAAUAAGAAAAAGAUAGGACUUUUCUUACACUCAUCAAGGAAGGCAGCCAAAGGAACUAAAUUCCAGAAUGACAAGGUCUUUUGGGAAGAAACAGGAUACAUGAACUGUUUCACAUUUGGCACAGAAUAGGAAGCUGCUACUAAAGCAGAUGAGACAUUGUCAAGAACUUGGGAGAGUUUAUUGUCUGAUCUCAUUAUAGCUUGAGUGUUAAGGCUCUUGUGCCUUGCCAAUAGUGUUCAGUUUUUGCUCCAUAGCUCAAAUAGUACAGCAAAUGUGAGACUGUCAUCAGGGGGAUAAAGCCUUGAGGAGCUUUUGAGCUGAAUACCCCAAAAUCUCUGAAGGGAGGGUGCUUAAGUAAACGUGAGGGCCAAGCUACAUUCACUUUAUGCAAAUGAGGUUUUCAGUUAGUGCAGUUCUGAUUUGUGGAAAGUUUGUCAAGCAGUGAUUGGUCGAGUUUCAAUCCCGGGUGAGGUUUACAAGUGUGGUUUCAUUUCUUCUUGGGCUGUGGACACCCCAACAUGCCUGGGCACCUGGACAAACUUGGGACCUGACCAACAACCCUCUAGCACUGGUUGUUACCCAAACUUGGGAUGGCUCGAUGUUUACCUUUUUUAAAAUUUUAUGUAUCAAGUUUAAAAUUUUACUGUAACUACAAGUUAUAAGUUCCUGGGUCAGACUAUUACUCAUUGUAACAGUGUUCAUCAGAGAUCAUUUUUGCUGAUGCCCUGAUAUCCAAUCCUAUAGCGCAAGAAGAAAAGAGUCCAAACACCUAGAUCCCAAAUCUCUAAUAAUGGGUAUUAAAUGCUGGAGAGAGACAUCUUUAUUAGAGUGGAUAGCAAUCAAAGCUAUAUCUCUUCUAGAGAGAAAUACUCUGUAUUUUCCCUUGGUGUUGGUUAUGUAAAUAGCCUUGAAAAAUAGUCUAGAACAAAGGCACACAGAAGAAUGACAUGACAUACUCAAUAUGCUAAAAAAAAACUUCUAAACAAGAAUUCUAUAUCCAUCAAAAUUAACAUUCAGAAUUGAAGGUGAGAUUAAGAGUUUCCCAGAUAAGCAAAAGCUAAAGGAAUUCAUCACAUAAAAUCAGCCUUGUAAGAAAUGUUAAAGGAACUUCUUUAGAGUUAAAAAAUAGAAGGAAAGAAAGAAAAUGAAAGAAAGAAAGAACACUAUAAGACAACACAUUUUAAAAACUCACUUGAAAGGGUACACAGUUCAAGUGGAUCACUUACAAUGGAAGCAUGAAGAUUAAAAGACAAAAGUAGUAAAAUUAACUAUAACCACAGUAAUUAUUCAAGGAAUACAUACAAGAUAUAAAAUGAGGCAUCAAAAAUACAAAAUGCUGGGGGGAGAAAGUUGAAAAAUGUAAUGUUUUGGAAUGUGUUCAAAGUUAAGAAGUUAUCAACUCCAGACACUACAUUAUACACAUAAGAAUGUUAGAAGUCCAAAAGAGAAAGAUAAUACUAUAUGGCCUCACAUACAUGUGGAAUCCAAAAAACUGAACUCAUAACAACAUAGAACAGAUUGUUGGUUGUCAAAGAAGUGGGUAUAGGAAAUGGGUAAAGGUGUCAAAAUGUACAAAUUGCCAGUUAUAAGUUGUGGGGUGUAAUGUAUGUUGAUGAUAGUGGAUAAUACUCUACUGAUCGUGUAUUUGAAAGUUGCUAAGAGAACAGAUCUUAAAAGUUCUCAUCCCAAGAAAAAAAUUGUAACUAUGUGAGGUGAUGGAUGUUAACUAAACUUACGGUGGUGAUCAACAUAAAUCAUUAUGGUGAAUUCCUUAAGCUAAUACAUUAUGUGUUGAUUAUUAUUCAUAAAACUG